CCGCCUUCUCCCACGUGGUCCGGCUCGGGCUCAGUCCGCAGCGUCGUGAGUGGGGCUGGGUCGGGGCGCGCCCCACUGGUCCCAGCGUGGGUGCUUGGUGUCUCACCGACUCCUGGGGGGAAGCCGGCCGGGCGAGCGAGAGGACAAGGGGGACCAGGAGGGACUGGGAGGUCAGAGGUCAGCCUGGGGGUCAGGGGACGUCGGAGGUUAUCCGCAGGCGGAACUGGAGUGUGAGAGGGUCCUGAAGGAGGUUGGAGCUCAGGAGGGGCGGAGCUGGAGCGUGAGGGGUCUUGGGGAGGUCAGAGUUCAGAGGGCGGGGCUGGAGCGGUGAGGUGGUCGGAGUUCUGCAGGGCCGGGCUGGUGUGUAGGGGCCGCGGGGAGGUCGGGGUUUAGAGGGCCCGGGCUGGUGCGCCCAGGGGGAGGUCAGGGGUCGGGCGCGUGCCCCCCCCGCCCCCCGCCACUCUCGGCCCUGCAUGGGGCUCCCCAACCUGUGGGCGGCGGCCUGGGCCCUAAGGAGAGUCUGCGGACCGUGGACCCCGCGCCUUGGACCGCGCCUCCUCUGUUUGCCCCCCAUGGCGGGGAAUGGGGAGGCCCCGGUGCCAGUGGGGACUGGGCAGGAACAGGACAAGAAGGCCCGGAGUGGCUGGCAGGGUGCUGCCAGGAUCUGGGAGGAAACAGAACAGCAGGCAAAAAAGCUCAAGAGCAGCGAGGAUGGGGAGCAGCGCAGGAAGCUGCCCAAGCGGAAGAUUGUUCUGCUCAUGGCCUAUUCCGGGAAGGGCUACCAUGGCAUGCAGAGGAAUGUUGGGUCCUCACAAUUCAAGACCAUUGAAGAUGACCUGGUGUCCGCCCUGGUCCGGUCGGGUUGUAUUCCUGAGAAUCACGGGGAAGACAUGAGGAAAAUGUCCUUCCAGCGCUGCGCCAGGACUGACAAGGGUGUGUCUGCGGCUGGCCAGGUCGUGUCCCUGAAGGUGUGGCUGAUUGAUGACAUUUUAGAAAAGAUCAACAGUCACCUUCCUUCUCACAUUCGGAUCCUGGGACUGAAGAGGGUCACAGGCGGCUUCAACUCUAAGAACAAGUGCGAUGCCAGGACCUACUUCUACAUGCUGCCCACGUUCGCUUUCGCCCACAAGGACCAUGAUGUGCAGGACGAGACGUACCGGCUGAGCACAGAGACGCUGCAGCGUGUGAACCGGCUCCUUGCCUGCUAUAAGGGCACCCACAACUUCCAUAACUUCACCUCACAGAAGGGGCCACGGGAGCCCAGUGCCCGGCGCUACAUCCUCGACAUGUUCUGCGAGGAGCCCUUCGUGCGUGAGGGCAUGGAGUUCGCAGUGAUCAAGGUCAAGGGCCAGAGCUUCAUGACGCAUCAGAUCCGGAAGAUGGUGGGCCUGGUGGUGGCCAUCAUCAAGGGCUACGCGCCCGAGAGCGUGCUGGAGCGCAGCUGGGGGGAGGCGAAGGUGGACGUGCCCAAGGCGCCAGGGCUUGGCCUGGUCCUGGAGAGGGUGCACUUCGAGAAGUACAACCAGCGCUUCGGCCACGAUGGGGUACACGAGCCACUGGACUGGGCACGGGAGGAGGCGGAGGUCAUGGCCUUCAAGGAGCAGCACAUCUACCCCACGAUCAUUAGCACCGAGCGCCACGAGAAGUCCAUGGCCCAGUGGCUGAGCACCCUGCCCAUGCACAACUUCAGCGCCACCGCCCAGGAGGCGGCUGGCCUGGGCUCCAAGGACCCCAACCCCUUGGAAGGCAGUGAAGGGGAUGGUGAUAGUGACUGAGGCCUGGGCCAUCCCCAGAGCGUAAUGGAAUUGGCCCAUGACACACGCCAGGACCUGCCAGCCUGCUGUUGGCUGUGUGCCUCACCGAGACCUGAGAGCCUCCGAGUGGCCUCCUAACCUCAGGAUCUUGAGACCUGCAUCAUUUGGAGUUUUCAUCACAGGGAGAACCUGCUGGGAAUCUAUUUUCAGCUCACGCGUUGACUACAUACACCUCAGCAUGUAAAGACGUUAUUUUUUUAAAGAAGCGAUUUUCUUAUUAAAUAAGUACAGACUUUACUUAGUCA